AUGUCAAGUGCGAUCUUAGAGGGUCUGAAUUCGGAUCCCUUCAAUUUGAACAUGACUCCUUUGUCGUUAGAAUCGAUGAGUAAUCAGAAAUUACUCCAGACAUUGAGUGAUGUCCUUGUUUGGAUCCAGGGUACUGAGAGUGUGGAUAUCCGAUCAGAAUCCCCCGAAGAGACGGCUAUAAGAAUAUUAAAUGCUCUACGAAUCCUGAAGUAUCCCCCACCGAGAGACGUCGAGCAAAUGUAGGUACCUCCCCGAGAAAGUAAUCAUCUUCUUCUAGGCAAGCAUGGAGACUUGAUAUCCUGGAGGGCCACAAACAAGCCAUAUAUCCAAUAUUAGAGUGGAUAUUUCAUGACAUUGACAGGCUUAAAGAGAGGGUUUACCUUGCCAAUUAUCUGACCCAGAUUGAUGUCCCAGUGGAAGAACAAUCACCAGAUGUUCAGCAAUUAAUGAAUCGAGUUCAGCAAAAAAUGGAAGAAUUUAAAGUAAGCAUGUUAGAGUGCUUCCUUAUUUAUUGCUUAGACGCUACACUCAAAAAUUGUGGAGAUCCGAACCGAUUUCUCUCAUGCCGAAGACAUCAGAGCGGAUCUGAAAGCCAUGUACGAAGAGAAAGAACAACUUCUAAAGUCGAUUGAAAGAAGCAAACAACGGAUCUCCCAUAGAAGUAAUCUCCUCAACGAAAUCUCACUGGCCAGUAGAUUCCGACAAGUCACCGAAAGCUAUAACGAUCUAGUUUUCCAACAAGAUGAGCAGAGAAAUGCGGUAAGCAGAAGGUGUAACAGAAUUUAUUCUUAGCUUAUCAACGCCGAACAACGAGCUCAGAGAUUGAGAAGAGUUCUGAACGAAGCAAUGAAGGAAAGAGAGAUCAUGGAUCCCACCAAACUGACACAAAAGUUCAAGGUAACCACAGCUCGGGUCGCGACAUAUCGGGUCAAUGAUACCGUUUAAUAUUUUCGCUUCGGGACUGGGAAAAAAGAAUUUUUGGUGAAUUUGAAAAAAUGUUUGAAAUGUUUUCGCUUCGGGACUUGGGAAAAGGAUUUUUUGAAGAAUUUGAACAAAUUUUUCAAAAGUUUCCGCUUUUAUUUGCAUACAAUGAUUACGACUAUCUUCUUACUCCACUCUCUGGCACUUCUGUGUUUAAAUCCCGUGCUUCCAGCUAAAAACAUAAACAAUGGAGAGGAUUUUCUUAUUUGCUCGUCGAAUAUAAAGCGACGAGCUUUAUAUUUUAUAUAAGCACUAUUUUGCUAAAAAAUUAUACCUCAAUUCUCAAAAAAAUCUUUUUUCCGAAGUACCGAAGAGAAAACAUUUCAAAAAUUUUUUCAAAUUCAGGCUGCCGUAAUUACCCUUGACAUUUUCAUUCCAAAUUUGUAAAAAAAGUAAUGCCUUGAAGAAUAACUAUAAUAACCGUCAUUUUUUUCUGCCCUUAUAAAAGUUUCGUAUAGCCAAAUACUUGAUAAUUUUUGGCGCUACGGCGUUUCGGGUCAGGGACAGCUCGGGUCGCGACAGUUCGGGUCAACGACAUUUCGAGUCAACGAUAGAUGUUCGCUUCGGGAUUGGGAAAAAUAAUUUUUGUGAAAAUUGAACAAAAUUUUAAAAUGUUAUCGCUUCGGGACAAGAAAAGAAAUUUUUUUUGUGGAGAGUCGAUCUGAAUGUUACAAUUUUAUUUUAUAGAGUAAGGUAAAAAUCUAAUUUUUGGAAUUUUUUAGAUAAAUAUUUGAUUUAGGGGUAAUUGAGAUUUAUUUUUUGCAUUUUUUUAUUUGUCACCCUGUAAUCUCAAAAUUUUGUUCAUUUUUUGAUUGUUACUUUUAUCUGAAGUAUUACUGUUAAAAGGUAAUUUUUCGAAAUUAUUCCGCUAUUCCGGAAGUGUCCGAAUUCCGGAAAUGUCGCGGCGCCAUCUGCGGAACUUCUUCCCUCCUGCAGUAAUCCUGAUAAACUUUUUUAGCAAGAAAUUGACGUGAAUAGAUAUUUGGUCGAUGAGAAACUCAAAACGGACAAAGAACAUCUAAAACAUGGCAUCGAAUUAGUAAAUAAGAUCCUCUCGACUGCCAAUGUUAACCAGGACGACAUAAAAAAUAUGACCAAGCAGGUAUUUCUGAGCUGGGUAUUUCAUAAAAUUAUGCUAGAUCGAUGACUUAAAUCAAGAAAUCAAAGAAUUGAUGUUGGAACGAGACAAAAAUGAUCAGGAUGAGGAGGAUAAAUUGAGUAUUUAUCGCCACCAAAGUGCUGGAGUUCUGAGGAAGAAAGCGGCAGUAGCUGAUGAACUAAAUUCAUUACGGUAGGAUUAAACAUAACAUACAGAAAUUAUGUAUAAUUAAGACAAGAACUGUCAUACCUUGAGGAUGCUGUUUCACAGAAGAAGACCGAGAUAAUGCAAAAAACUGGGAAUGAAGAGUUUAUUACGUCUGUUCAGGUAACCUGUAUGAAUAAUAUAAAUGAUCACAUUUCAGUUCAAAAAAUAUGUAAACAAGAUGAGAACGAAAAGCAACACUUACAAGAAAAAGAAAUUGGAAUUGGAUACAUUGACAAGCGAAAUGAACAUCUUAAGCAGAACAGUGGACAUCUUGGAUAAAAAUUGGGAAGAUCUUAAGGAGCAACUGGUAUGUUAUACUACUCCAGCGAUAUUAAGUUAAAGGUCUCUGCCGGGAGAGGGGUGAUUGAGAAUGAAGAUGUUAGAUUGGGGACCGCAGAAAGACCAAAGACGGCCAAGCCUCAUAACACAAACUUGGUUGAACUGAAGAAUAUGGUUAAAGAAUUAAGCGAUGAGGUAGUCACCAAAAGAAAUGAGAUCGAUCAGUUGGCCGGACAAGUCCAAGAGACCUCGCAUAAAAGAAGAGUAAGCGGGAAUACUAAUAAUUGUUUGUUAUAACUAUAUACAGGGUGGGCUACUCGAAACUACCAACCUUAUUUCGCAACCAGGUUUUUUAAAAAAUUGCAAUGAUUUUCUAUUGAGUUUCUCGGACUUGGAAAAUAUUCGGGUCUUGGCUAAACGAAGCUCUUAUAAGUAGCAGAAAAAAGUGACGACAGUCAAUGGAAUAGUCGCGAUUAUCCCUCAGGGCAUUGCUUUUGUUUUCUGGGGUAACAGGCUUAAUUAACCGAAAUCUUUAAAAAUGCGAACAGAUGGGCAAGACGGUCUACAUGCAUGAAGACAUCCACCCCGAAGAUACAUUGCAAGUUUUUAGGCCCAGUUUGGUCGAGAAAACAGCUUUCUUUCUGAUUCGUCCAACUUGGUACUUCGCUUAAUUGAAAUAUGCCUUUAGCGCGCACUUGAUACGGCCGUAAAGAUUUUUUUUAUUCUUUUUCAUCGAGUUUGGCGACUUUUUUCUAUCAGUUUGUCGGGAAAAUAACGGCGGAACGUCGCGCCUUGGAAUCGCCCAUCAUCGCUCUGCGACCGAUAGCCGCGGCUGGGGAUUUGGUGCGCGAUAGCGGCGAGGCGAGACAUUUGCUGCGACAAUCCGCCGUUAUUUUCCCGACAGACUGAUAGAUGGAAAUCCAAAAAUUUUCAAUGUCCGAGAAACUCAAUUGAAAAUCAUUGCAAAAAUUUUCGAACAAUAAGUUUCACCAGUUUUGGGCUCUAAAAUUUGGAAUGAAAAUGUCAAAGGUCAGCACGGGUGCCUCCGUCAACGUAGACAUAUCCUACUUUGUGGACAUAAAUGGGGCAUCUCAGCUUCAAUUUGAUAAAGACUUAUAGAAAUUGGUGCAUUAUUGGCCGAAAAAGACGUAAAGUAAGGUUGCUAGUUUCGAGUGGCCUACCCUGUACGAUUUCAGAACGAAAAUGAAAGCAUUUUGGAAAAAAAGAAAAGGAUAAAGGAUUUCAAAGAAAAUAUUGAGAAUCAGAAAAACGACUUAAAUAAGGUGAGAUUUAAAAGUUUGUAGUACUGUAUAUCAAUUCAGGAGAUUAGAGCCCUCAAAAAGAAUUUAACAGAAAUUGAAUUAAAGAAGGACAGGUUGUCCAGAGACAUUCAGAGAUACACCUGGUUCCAAGGAAUUGUCAACAAACCGAAUGCAGAGAGAGAACUGAUGAACACUUUCGACAAACAGAAGCAUGAAGCAUUGGUAGAAGUCGAAAGGAUCAAUACAAGUCUUAAGAAUUUUGGAUCACUUUCGGAUCCAGCAGAACAAAUCGUCAUGUGGAAGUCACUCAUACAGCUGUACACUUUGAAAUUGGAAUUACUGAAAAACAAGUAAGAUGGUGUCACGCAUCUUGGUCAUCCCUUUACAGAAAGGGAAGCGAGUUACCCCUUGGAGAUACACAACCGGAGCUACUGUAA